AUGCAGCUGCACGCAGACGAAGGACAAACGCUGAAAAAGACUGGUGUCAUGGUCAUAAGCUUCCAAUCGCCACUGGGCUUUGGCCUAUCUACAACAGAUGAUCGCCCUGAAGCUAUGGCCCUAAAUUAUAUUGGCAACUCCUAUGCCACACGGUUCCUCUACACAGUGUGCCACAAGAAGUGCUACAGCAAAGAGAAAUCCUUUGUCUUCAAUGGCAUUUUGGAUAGAUUGGCUGAGGAGCUUGUGGAUUUAUUCUACAAUGGUGUCACACUGAAUGUUGGAGGCAAGAAAACUACUUUCUAUGUAGCCUUGAUCGGGGUCAAAGGCGAUUGGCCGAUUCAAGCUCGCAUCGGCAACUUGUCAAGACACUUCGCUCGCAAAGGUGUGUAUGAGGUUUCUCAUAAGAGUGGUUUUUGUCAUUUGUGCCGAGCUGGGGAGCUGGGCUACGACGCCAACGACUACGGAGCAUCUGCGAGCUGGCGGGACACGUACUUGAAAGCCGUCCCCUGGGAGUCAGAAGGACCGUUGUGUCGGGUGCCGCAGUCGCCGGCGAAGGAGUUUAUUCACAAGUUUGAUCUCUUUCAUACAGCUCAUAAGGGCGUUUUUGCCGAGCUUGCUGGCAGUGGCCUGGUUGUCAUCACCGACUACAGUUUGGCAGGGCCCGGUGACAUUCCCCAGCAGCUUGAUGCAAUCUACGCUUUGGCUGUGCGGCAUUGCAAGGCUACGAGAACGCCAUUGCAUAUGGAUAGGCUCACUCGGCAUCUGCUGGCAUUUCCCGGGGACUAUGCAUAUCCGGUUGGGCGCCUUCUUCUUUAUCUUAUUGUAAGUGCACUUUUGGUUCUAAGAUAG